GGGUUGCCCUCCCGCCUGGCUCAGCUCUCGGGGUUCUCUCGGCUUUCCCGGCGGGCCCGAGGACCUUCGGCCCAAGAUGAGCUGCGCCGCAGCCUCGCUCCCCUGUCUGGCUUCCUUCUGAGCUCCCGGAGAGGCAGGGAAGGAAAAGGUGGAGAGGGUCCCGAAGUCCUCCCCGAGUCAGGAUCCAGAAAACGGAGAGAGUGUCUGUGCCAGACGACAACCCUCGCCCCUCCGCUGGCCCCUCAACCCCCGAAUAGGGUCUUGGGUCAUCGGUGGGGCCGGGAGCCGAGGAUCGCUGGGAGAAUGGGGAGGAGGACUCAAAAGCGGGGGACGGACACGGAGAUUCGGGGUGACUCUAGCCGGCCCCCUUCCUUUCCCACACCUCGCCGAGGACACACCUCCCGGGCUGGGGUCCCCGCCCAGCUCCCCGCCUCGCACCUCCCCUGGCGCCGUCCUCGGCCCCGCCCCCUCCCUCCGGGUCCCUCCUUCUCCCGACCUCGUCCCUCCCUCUCUCCCUGCUCCCGACACCUCCUCUCCCCGACUCCCUCCGGACGCCGCUAAGUUUCUCCGCUCGGGACCGCGCUCAGAGCCGGGGCCGGGCCGGAGCGGCGUCCCCGCUGCCUUGUCCCCGCGCGCAGAGCCCGGCCCGGCCCCGACCCCACCGAGCCAUGCUGUGCGGCCGCUGGAGGAGCUGCCGCCGCCGGCCCGAGGAGCCCUCGGUGCCGGCCCAGGUCGCGACGUCCGUCGCCCUCGCGCCCCCGGACGGCGGCAGCAGGAGGCCCGGGCUGCGGGCGCUUAAGAAGAUGGGCCUGACGGAGGACGAGGACGUGCGCGCCAUGCUGCAGGGCUCCCGGCUCUGCAAGAUCCGCUCGCGGACGUGGCACAAGGAGCGGCUGUACCGGCUGCAGGAGGACGGCCUGAGCGUGUGGUUCCAGCGGCGCAUCCCGCGCGCGCCGUCGCAGCACAUCUUCUUCGUGCAGCACAUCGAGGCGGUCCGUGAGGGCCACCAGUCUGAGGGCCUGCGUCGCUUCGGGGGCGCCUUCCCGCCGGCGCGCUGCCUCACCAUCGCCUUCAAGGGCCGCCGCAAGAACUUGGACUUGGCGGCGGCCACGGCGGAAGAGGCUCAGCGCUGGGUGCGUGGCCUGGCCAAGCUGCGCGCGCGCCUCGACGCCAUGAGCCAGCGCGAACGUCUCGACCACUGGAUCCACGCCUAUCUGCACCGUGCAGACUCCGACCAGGACAGUAAGAUGAGCUUCAAGGAGAUCAAGAGCCUGCUCAGAAUGGUGAACGUGGACAUGAAUGACAUGUAUGCCUACCGCCUCUUCAAGGAGUGCGACCACUCCAACAACGAACGGCUGGAGGGGGCUGAGAUUGAGGAGUUUCUGCGGCGGUUGCUGAAACGCCCUGAGCUGGAGGAGAUCUUCCAUCGGUACUCAGGCGAGGACCGCGUGCUGAGCGCCCCGGAGCUGCUGGAGUUCCUGGAGGACCAGAGGGAGGACGGCGCCACGCUGGCCCACGCCCAGAAGCUCAUCCACACCUAUGAGCUCAACGAGACAGCCAAGCAGCACGAGCUGAUGACACUGGAUGGCUUCAUGAUGUACCUGUUGUCACCUGAAGGGGCUGCCCUGGACCCGGCCCACACAUGCGUGUUCCAGGACAUGGGCCAGCCCCUCUCCCACUACUUCAUCUCCUCCUCACACAAUACAUACCUGACAGACUCUCAGAUCGGGGGGCUCAGCAGCACGGAGGCCUAUGUUAGGGCCUUUGCACAGGGCUGCCGCUGUGUGGAGCUGGACUGCUGGGAGGGGCCAGGAGGGGAGCCCAUCAUCUAUCACGGCCACACUCUCACCUCCAAGAUCCUCUUCCGAGAUGUGGUCCAGACUGUGCGUGACCACGCCUUCACUCUGUCCCCGUACCCUGUCAUCCUAUCCCUCGAGAACCACUGUGGACUGGAGCAGCAGGCCGUCAUGGCUCACCACCUGCGCACCAUCCUGGGAGACGCGCUGGUGACACAGGGGCUGGACAUGCAGAACCCUGAAGAGUUGCCAUCCCCAGAGCAGCUGAAGGGCCGGGUCCUGGUGAAGGGGAAGAAGCUGCCAGCUGCUCGGAGCGAGGAUGGUCGAAUUCUAUCCGACCAGGAGGAGGAAGAGGAAGAGGAAGAAGAGGAGGUGGAGGCUGCAGAACAGAGGCGGCGGGCCAAGCAGAUCUCCCCAGAGCUGUCGGCCCUGGUCGUGUACUGCUGUGCCACCCGCCUGCGGACCCUGCGCCCCAACCCGGUGCCACCCCAGCCCUGCCAGGUCAGCUCCCUCAGCGAGCGCAAGGCCAAGAAGCUCAUCCGAGAGGCAGGGAACAGCUUCGUCAGGCACAAUGCCCACCAACUGACCCGUGUCUACCCACUGGGGCUGCGGAUGAACUCAGCCAACUACAGCCCCCAGGAGAUGUGGAACUCAGGCUGUCAGCUGGUGGCCUUGAACUUCCAGACGCCAGGCUAUGAGAUGGACCUCAAUGCCGGGCGCUUCCUCAUCAACGGGCAGUGCGGCUACGUCCUGAAACCCGCCUGCCUGCGGCAGCCAGACACAACCUUUGACCCUGAGUGCCCUGGGCCCCCCAGGACCACUCUCACUAUCCAGGUGCUGACAGCGCAGCAGCUGCCCAAGCUGAACACGGAGAAGCCGAACUCCAUCGUGGACCCCCUGGUGCGUGUUGAGGUCCACGGUGUGCCCGCAGACUGUGCUCGAAAGGAGACCAACUACGUGCUCAACAACGGCUUCAACCCCCGCUGGGGGCAGACCCUGCAGUUCCAGUUGCGGGCUCCGGAGCUGGCACUGGUCCGCUUCGUGGUGGAAGAUUACGACGCCACCUCCCCUAAUGACUUUGUGGGCCAGUUUACGCUGCCUCUCGACAGCCUGAAGCAAGGGUACCGCCACAUCCACCUGCUUUCCAAGGAUGGGGCCUCACUGUCGCCAGCCACGCUCUUCGUCCACAUCCGCGUCCAGCGCUUCUGAGGGUGGGAAUGACCUAUGCUGGGCCUCCGCGGGCGCCAGGCUGCGUCCCUUGGCAGAGGCUCUCUCCCCCUGUGGAGCAGAGGGGUAGAGGGAGACCCAGCCCCUCCAGCCUGCUCACUUUGCCCACUCCACUCUGGUCUCAGCGGGGUGCUGGGGACUGCUUUGGUCCCCCAGAGAAAAGGCCGUGACCCUGGAGCCUUGAGACGGCCCCAGUUCCUCCGAUUCUUGGCCCACUCCCUCCCUCAUCGUGGCUCAUGAAGAGCCAGACCUGUUGCUGCCAGAUUUGGGGUGGACACCGGAGCCUUCAGCUCUUCUCUAACCCCCAGGGGGCCUGGUCCAGCCCUCUUCUUGCCCCCAUCCCACCCCAGGCAUUAGCCAUCCCCCGAGCUCCUCCCCUCACCAGGCUUUCCUGGGUUCCUCCCUCGAGCUCUUGAACUUGAGCUCCCUUUUCUAGGAAGCCUGGAAGCAGGUUUUAACUUGUGUCAUAGAAGGGUGCUGGAGAGGACAGUAGAACAAGACUAUUGAUUAAAAAAUAAUAAUAAUAAAGAA